CUGUGUGGAAAAGCAAGUGUUCAACAUGCAGAUCUUUGUGAAGACCCUGACUGGCAAGACAAUCACCCUGGAAGUUGAGCCCAGUGACACCAUUGAGAAUGUGAAGGCUAAGAUCCAGGACAAAGAAGGCAUUCCCCCUGACCAGCAGAGGCUGAUCUUUGCUGGCAAGCAGCUGGAAGAUGGCCGCACCCUGUCUGACUACAACAUCCAGAAGGAAUCCACCCUGCACCUGGUGCUGCGUCUCAGGGGUGGUAUGCAGAUCUUUGUGAAGACCCUGACUGGCAAGACCAUCACCCUGGAGGUUGAGCCCAGUGACACCAUUGAGAAUGUGAAGGCUAAGAUUCAGGACAAAGAAGGCAUUCCCCCUGACCAGCAGAGGCUGAUCUUUGCUGGCAAGCAGCUGGAAGAUGGCCGCACCCUGUCUGACUACAACAUCCAGAAGGAAUCCACCCUGCACCUGGUGCUGCGUCUCAGGGGUGGUAUGCAGAUCUUUGUGAAGACCCUGACUGGCAAGACCAUCACCCUGGAGGUUGAGCCCAGUGACACCAUUGAGAAUGUGAAGGCUAAGAUUCAGGACAAAGAAGGCAUUCCCCCUGACCAGCAGAGGCUGAUCUUUGCUGGCAAGCAGCUGGAAGAUGGCCGCACCCUGUCUGACUACAACAUCCAGAAGGAAUCCACCCUGCACCUGGUGCUGCGUCUCAGGGGUGGUAUGCAGAUCUUUGUGAAGACCCUGACUGGCAAGACCAUCACCCUGGAGGUUGAGCCCAGUGACACCAUUGAGAAUGUGAAGGCUAAGAUUCAGGACAAAGAAGGCAUUCCCCCUGACCAGCAGAGGCUGAUCUUUGCUGGCAAGCAGCUGGAAGAUGGCCGCACCCUGUCUGACUACAACAUCCAGAAGGAAUCCACUCUGCACCUGGUGCUGCGUCUCCGGGGUGGCUGUUAGUUACUGUGAAUCUUGCCCUACAAGGUUCUGCAAUAUUGUUUGUGUUUUGCACUGUAGUUCUUCCAUGUCUUAAUAUUGUAAGUUAAAUGCAAGCUUAAGUUACUGCUGAGGUUUGUGUCAAGCUAAUAAAGAUCUGUUGCAAGUG